UUCAAGUCACAUAAAACCAAAGACUCUCCAAAGCAUUAGUUUUGACGGACAGUAAGCUCGUUGCUAAGGRAAGUUAGAGUUCAGCUACCUUCGCGACGAUGUGGUUCUACUUUAUCGCUCAUUGUGCCUAUCACUUCGUUAGAUGGUUUCCAAAGGCCAAUCGAAAAGCUGUGAGAAUUGUGGUUGUUCUUUUCUCUCUGGUUUUUCUUUUUCCACAAGUUUAUAUUGCUUUCUUUAUUGAACGGAGCAAGCGCUACUGUGACCAGCCCUUAUUGAACAUCAGUGUCUCCUGCAUUGUCUUUACAUUUGCAAUGAUUGCAUUUUCCUUCUUGUUUGCUAUGAUGGAACCUGUUCCUUGGCAGUUGAAAAUUGCUUUUCACUUCUUUGGAUUUGGUUCUUUAUUGAUGGGACUUGUGCUAUUUGCCUCAUCAUUGGAUGUUAUAGACUGUCCUAAAUAUGUCCCAGAAUUGUACUACCUUUGUCUGUCCUUUGGCAUUUUUGCAAUCUUAUCAGCAGGUUUCAUCAUCAUAAUGCUGCCAUUUUGGCUGGUGAAUUACCUCUGGCCAGAUUCUGUGUUAAAUAGAAGAGAAAGGAGAGGUGUAUGUUAUGAACCUGUUAAAUGCUGUACUUGCUUGUGGCACAUUUAGCUUGAUCAUCUUGGUGUAAAUAUGUUGUACAUAGUGAUUUCAAAAUUAUAUCAACCUGGACCCAGCAAUACUUAAAUUCAAGUUUAAUUGCAGUGCACCAUCAUCACAAAUAAAAGAAAAAAUGUUCAAUCAGUUCAAUACUGGCAUCACAUCAUACAUAAUUAAAGACUUUGUGAAUUACAGAAUGAAAUUUGGGACUACUAGGUUCCUUGUCACUUAAUUAGUUGUGCAAAUAUUUUACAUUAUAGUCUUUGUAAUUAUUAUUUAAUGUAAAUAAAGUAUUGUUGUUUACUAUCAGA